AGAAAGCGAGCUGGCUUGCUUGCACUUUGAUUCAGCUCUGAGAAGAGAAGCAGGAAUGCGCUUCUUCGUCCUGGGGAUCGAUCGCAUGGAUCCGUUGUUGGGAUUGUAAAGAAAAAGAAAAAGGAAGAAAGUGGCGUCUCAUGAGGGCUCGGAUGUUCAUAUCGAGUUUAAUGUUUGGGGAUUUAAUUAUUGCCUCUGUGCCCGGCUGUAAGAAACCAACCAGAAAGUGGCCAAACUAUUGCAGUCUGCGACUUUUGGAACUACUUUGUUCUCAAUGAUGGACUCCAGGUCUUCUGCGGUGUUCCUUGCUGACUUGUAAAGAUCUUCCUCACUUAAUUCCCCCCCGUUGCAUUCUUUUCGGAAUGUGGCGUUUGGCCGUUAAUGUUUUUGUCGCGAGCAGUGCGCGGUUUGUCUAAUGUUGCCGUUUGGCCAGCCGUGCUCGUCGGUCGGCUGUGCAUGCCUUGCACGGCGUUUCGCUCACUUCUCCAUGUUGAGUGUGUGUAAGGUUGGGACAGUAACCCAAGUAAGCGAGUAACCCCCACCCCCCACCCCGAAUAGAUAGUCAAGUUGUCGUAUGUUCAGGACGAAACGCUCAGGUCUUGUGCGGCGACUCUGGAGAAGUCGUUUGAUUCCAGAUAAAGAGGGGCACGAUGGAAAUGGCCAAAGUGGCGAGGGAUGCAGAGACGAUUUGUUUCCGAACAACCCGCAGAAGAUUCCAAAAACGGAGUUCCGACCGGUGACCCCCAGCGGGUCUUUCGUCGGUGACCCGGUGGACGGAGGCGCCCUAGGAGUGGUGGACCAAGAUGGGGGGACGCAGGACCAAGGGGGUCCCCGCUCCUUGCAGGACAGCGACUCCAGGACGGUGACGUGCUGCUUAUUUAAAGAACGGGACCACUCCGAGCUCAGGGCUCUAGAAGCGGCCCCGGAGAGCGGGGACCCCGGGUCGUGCCACUUGGCGUUCCGGGGCCUUGGCCAGCGGGACGCUGGCUCUCCGGAGGCGGGCCACGAGGCGAUGCCGCGCACCGUGCUGGAGCAAGAACUCAAGUCGGCCGCGCACUCGCUUUUAAAAAAACUCAAGGAGAAGGCGCUGGAUACUUUACUGGAGGCGGUGGAGUCUAGAGGCGGCCUCCCCAGCGACUGCGUACUGGUGUCUCGGACCGAGCUGAGGCUGGCCGGCCAUGUGGCGUCCCCGCAGCUGCUUGUUUGUAAACUGUACCGCUGGUCCGAUCUCCGGCACCCGGCCCAGCUCAAACCGCUCUGUGAGUGUAAAAGCUAUUGGGGCCCGGACAGUCCAACUGUAUGCUGCAACCCUUAUCACUACAGUCGCCUAUGUGGGCCAGAGUCACCCCCACCUCCAUAUUCAAGGCUCUCCCCUAAUGAAGAAUACAAGCCACUGGACCUGUCAGACUCCACAUUGUCUUACACUGAAACGGAGGCAACCGGCUCACCAAACGUCACACCAGGGGAAUUCUCAGAUGCCAGCAUGUCACCUGACGCCCCCAAGCAGAGCCACUGGUGCAACGUGGCGUACUGGGAGCACCGCACACGCGUGGGCCGCCUCUACACGGUGUACGAGCGCUCCGUCAGCAUUUUCUACGAUCUACCUCAGGGCACGGGCUUCUGCCUGGGCCAGCUCAACCUGGAGCAUCGCAGCAGCACGGUGCAGCGCACGCGCGGCAAAAUCGGCUACGGCAUCCUCCUCAGCAAAGAGCCGGACGGCGUGUGGGCGUACAACCGCAGCGAGCACCCCAUCUUCGUCAACUCGCCCACCCUGGACGCACCCGACGGGAGGAGCCUGGCGGUGCGGAAGGUGAUGCCGGGCUUCUCCGUCAAGGUGUUCGACUACGAGCGCUCGUGCCUGCUGCGCUACGCGGCCGAAGCCGACUUCCCGGACGGACCGUACGACCCCAACAGCGUGCGCAUCAGCUUCGCCAAGGGUUGGGGGCCCUGCUACUCCAGACAGUUCAUCACCUCCUGCCCUUGCUGGCUGGAGAUCCUCCUCAACAACCACAGAUAACACGGACAGACCCCUACGCACCAUCCCAAAUAUCAUCUACCUAGAUUUAAUAUAAAGUUUUAUAUAUUAUAUGAAAUAUAUAUAUAUUCUACAUGUAAAUACGGAGUCCUUUUUACAAUGUCGUUAUUUAUGUAUGGUGCAAUGUGUAUAUGGACAAAAGGAAAAAAAUGGAAAAUGCACUUUGGCUUAUCUAUAUUAUAUAUAUAGAAAUAUAUAUAAAGAUAAAGAAAAUUUCAAUACCAACUUGAAAAAUUAUACAGCAAAAUUAGGACUGAGCCUGGAUUUGGUGUAUAGUUUUUAUAUACUAUUAAUAUCCAGACGAAAAGCUAACCAUUCACACAUUGAUAAUAAAGUAUUCGCAUAAUACGUUCCUUUGUGUUUGUCUGCUUUUACUGGUGAAGUAAAUCACCAAUUUCAAGAUGAUAGAAUAUUGUUUGUUUGGACAACGAUGCGAUAUUUGCAGAUAUUAGAAAGUCUACUAUUAUACUAUUAGAUUAGAGUAAUUUUCGCACAAACCAAUAAAAAAUAUAAAGCAAUUAUGAUGUUUUUUGCCAAUUGUGAUGCAAAAAUAUUUCUGACAUUUUUACUAUUUUUAACAUCUAAAAGCUGCGUUUUUAUCCAUUUUUGUUUGUUAUUUCUUAUUCAAUCAAAAUAUAUAUGGCGGAAAACAGACAAGACUGAAAAAGCAGUUUCUGCUCUUGCACUCCUCUUUAAAAGAAACUGCUGUAUUUUAGCCAAAACAACUGUUGUGUUUGAUAGAACAAUCUGUCUAUAUGCUGCCAUAGCAGAUUCAUGGAAAACUAAGCCUCCAAACUAUUUUUAAUUUGUCCGUUUCACCCUGAAAACCCCCGUUUACAGACGUCGCGCAACCGCUUUUGUUUAAACCUAGUACUAAAAAGAAGGUGUGGAAUUAUUUUGUUCAAAAUGUCAUUUUUAGCUUAGAAUUAUUAAUUGAUGUCCAAUAUUUAGUUUUUUUAAAAAAGUCUUAAAAAAAUUAUUCACUCUCAUAUUUUAAACUUUUAAACAAAUUACGUCACAAUGAAAAAUUUGGCAUCUGUAAAAAAGUCGCGGAU